GCCUGCAAUCAUGGAAUCUUUUGGUUUUUACUUCAUGUUUGGGUUUGUUUUUCGGAUUCUAACAGUUAAGAAUGGCAGGUUGUCUCGAAAGGAAGAGUGAGCAGUUAAGGGUUAACUCAAAACUGGCUGAAAUGUAAAUUAAAUAUUGCAGUCUGCUCAUUGUGUAACACAGUUGGUGUAGUUUUGCGAAAAAUCUAAUUUGGAGUCGAACUACAUGCUUUAAAAGAAGUACUGUUUGAUUAGGAAUUUGACCUGAAUGCUUGACUGUUCUUGGUGUCUCCAUUCCAUCCUGUGAAUUUGAUAAGGAGUGAUGGGCACACAGUCCAGAGUUCUCCCGUCUCACAUAGUGCGUGAUUGGAUGUAUAGUCACAUAUAAGUGAGUAGCCAUUUAUAAUAUUCUGUUUAGCUUAUAAGUGAGGAGGCAAGUAGACGGAGCCCCUGUACAUACAUGUACAUGCAGAAUGCAGUACUAUUGCUUUAAAGAAUUUCUUGGUUAGGGUUCAGAAAUAGAUUGGGACUGUUUAAUGUCUUUGCUACACUUUUCAGACUAAAGAUAGAGUAAAAACGAUCAGUUCAUACUUCCUUCUGUGUAAUUAUUCAUUUUGACUGAAGCAAAAAGCAAAAUUUGUGACUCUUCAAGUGGACCAAAGAAUUUUCUCUGGAUGGUGUGUCUGUGGAUUAAUGGACAAGAUGAACAGUGGUUUGUCUGGAUUCUACUCUGAAGCACAGAGUUUUGUGCAUAAAGUUCUGGUUUCUGCAGAGAAUUUGCAGCUCACUCUGAAAUCGGACCCCAUCCUCGAGGAGCACACUCUCAGCUGCCACCCUGGAGGCUUUCUGGAGGCAAAAAACACUGGGAACGAGGACCUAAAGGAGAUGCUGGAGAGCACCAAGGAAUCUCACAAACUGGAGGCCAUGAAGAGGGUGGUGGGGCUGAUAGCAAAGGGGAAAAAUGCAUCAGAACUUUUUCCUGCUGUUGUGAAAAAUGUGGCAAGCAAGAACCUUGAGCUGAAGAAGCUGGUUUACGUGUACUUGGUCAGGUAUGCAGAGGAACAACAGGAUCUUGCCCUCCUGUCCAUCAGCACCUUUCAGCGUGCUCUCAAGGAUCCAAACCAGCUAAUCAGGGCCAGUGCCCUACGGGUUCUCUCCAGCAUUCGAGUGCCAAUCAUUGUGCCCAUUAUGAUGUUGGCCAUCAAAGAGGCUGCCUCUGACCUUUCACCCUAUGUCAGGAAAACAGCUGCUCAUGCCAUACAGAAACUGUACAGUCUGGAUCCUGAUCAGAAAGAGCACCUAAUUGAAGUGAUUGAGAAGCUACUAAAAGACAAAAGCACGCUGGUGGCAGGAAGUGUGGUGAUGGCAUUUGAAGAAGUGUGUCCCGAUCGGAUUGAUCUGAUCCAUAAGAACUACCGAAAGCUGUGCAACCUUCUGAUUGAUGUGGAGGAAUGGGGACAGGUGGUGAUCAUCAACAUGCUCACCCGAUACGCCCGCACCCAGUUCAUGAGCCCAUGGAGAGAGGAUGCUACAUUUGAUGAAAACAAUGAACAGGCAUUCUACGAUUCAGAUGAAGAGAAGAAGAAUGGAGUGACGCAGACAAAGCCGUAUGUGAUGGAUCCAGAUCACAGAUUAUUGCUGCGCAAUAUCAAACCUUUACUACAGAGCAGAAACACUGCUGUGGUAAUGUCUGUGGCACAGCUCUAUUGGCACUUGGCCCCCAAAAGUGAAUUGAACAUCAUCUCCAAAUCUCUGGUGCGACUGCUAAGGAGCCACAGAGAGGUUCAAUUUAUAGUGCUGCAAAAUAUUGCCACCAUGUCCAUUCAGAAAAAGGGCAUGUUUGAGCCGUUCUUGAAAAGUUUUUAUGUAAGAUCAACAGAUGCUACACAUAUCAAAACACUCAAGCUGGAAAUCCUAACUAACUUGGCCAGUGAAGCCAAUAUCUCCACCAUACUACGAGAGUUCCAGACCUAUGUUAAGAGCCAAGACAAAGAGUUUGCAGCCAAUACUAUCCAGGCAAUUGGACGAUGCGCAACCAACAUCUCUGAGAUUACAGACGCAUGUCUCAACGGCCUUGUGGUAUUACUUUCCAGCCAAAAUGAGACGGUUGUAGCAGAGAGUGUGGUGGUCAUAAAAAAGCUGCUGCAGACGCAGCCCUUACAGCACAGUGACAUCAUCAAACACAUGGCUAAGCUGUUUGACAGCAUUACGGUUCCCAUGGCAAGGGCAAGCAUUUUGUGGCUCAUUGGUGAAUAUUGUGAGCAUGUGCCAAAAAUCUCUCCUGAUCUCCUGAGGAAGGUGGCCAAGACCUUCACCAAUGAACAGGACAUUGUUAAAAUGCAAGCUGUCAACCUUGCAGCCAAACUGUAUCUCACCAACUCUAAGCAGACUAAGCUGUUGGUACAGUACAUUCUAAACCUGGGGAAGUACGAUCAGAAUUAUGACAUCAGAGAUCGCACUCGGUUUAUCCGGCAGCUGAUCGUUCCCAAUGAGAAAAGUGGUGCUCUGAGCAAAUACGCAAGGCGAAUUCUGCUGGCGCCCAAACCUGCCCCGGUGCUGCAGUCUGCCUUUAAAGAUCGGGAUCGUUUUCAGCUCGGCACCCUCUCCCACACUCUGAACUCUAAAGCCACAGGCUAUCUGGAACUAUCUGAUUGGCCGGAUGUGGCUCCUGACCAAUCUGUGAGAAAUGUGGAGGUGGUGGAAACGGUGAAUGAGUGGGCUCCGUCUGUCAUCAAAGCCAAACCUGUCACAUCAGAUGACAAGUUCUACUCAGACCCAGGAGAGGAAGAAGAGGAUGAGGAGCAAGAAUCAGAUAGCAGCAGUGAAGGCAGCAGCAGUAGCAGCAGUGAAGAUUCAAGCAGCAACUCGGAGAGUGAUGAAAACAGUGAAAGUAGCAGUGAGGCUGGCGAGAGCUCCAGCCAGUCGGAAAAGAGCAGCGACUUGGGUUCUGACAAGAAAAAACGGAAAACUCAGAAAAACAAAGAACUUCAGCAGGGCACAAAACUCAGAAAAGACAGUGACUCAGAUGUGGGUGAGAACAACACGCAUACGGUUAAAGCUGGUUUGAGAAGCGAGUCAAGCAGUUCAGAGGACACUUCGUCUAGCUCAGAAUCUGACUCUGAUUCCGACUCCCCAACUAAACGGACACCGAUAAAUAAACCUAAACCAGUCAAGAAGUCGGAAAAGAAACCCAAGAGAACAAAAGAGAUUUCUCUAUUGGAUUUGGAUGACUUUUCACCCAGUGUAGUUACCACACCCAAGAGCUCCAUCCUCUCCCCAAGUGUUUUGUCUGACCUGCAAGGCCUCUCACUGUCUGCCUCCUCCACCCCAGCCAUUCAGGUGACCAGUCCUAUGUUUGUUCCUGUUCGGUCUUACGAGCUGAUCCACAGCAUGAUUGGAAAAGGCCUGGCUGCUCACUAUCACUUUCCCCGGCAACCGUGCAUCUAUGGCAACCACAUGGUUUCUCUCCAACUGACAAUUAGCAACCACAGUGACCAUGUCUUACACAACAUCCACAUCAUGGAGACAGUGUCCACUGGAAAGAAAAUCCACUCAUUCAGCCCAGUUGAGAGUUUGGAGCUGGAGGCAUCAGUAACAGUUUCAAUUGGGGUGGAUUUUAAUGACUCAACCCAGGCAGCCAGUUUCCAGUUGUGUACUAAAGAAGAUCAAUUCACUGUAUCUAUACAGCCAGCAGUAGGAGAACUACUACUUCCUGUCACCAUGUCUGAACAGGACUUUAACCGAGAGCAAGGAAAGCUCCAGGGAAUGAAUGAAAACUCAGCCACAGUUGCCAUGUCAUCCAAAAACAGCUCAAUCAGUGACAAGAUCAUGAAUGUGGCUAACAUGGGUGUGGUGCCAUCUGGAGAAAAUAACAUGCACAGGUUUGCAGCCAAGCUUGUGAGCUCUGGCACCCUGGUGUUGGUGAUGGUGGUACAGAAAGAUGCCAGUGUUCAACUCACUGUCAACACAGAAAAGACAGUCAUCGGCUCAAUGCUGCUCCAUGAGCUCCAGAUAGCAUUUGGUGCCCCCUAGAACACACCUUAUACCUUAUAAUACACGCAUUAUAACUAAAACAUACUUCGUAUGAAAGAGAGAAAGAGAGAGCGCAACUACUCACUUCUGAUCCAAGCCAAAUGUAUGUUUUGCCCAAUAAUCUAGAAAAGAUUUUCUGGAUCAUGAAUUUAAGGUUUUUUUGAUCCAUUUCAACCCUAAUGUUUGUUUUUGUAUGUAUUUUUUUUUUUUUUUUUUUUUUUUUUUUUUUUUUAUCUUCCUAAGGCCAUAUGCGAACAAUUUCAUAAACAAAUGGAAAUCCUGUUUAUUAAAAACUCAAAAGAAUUAUAUAUAUAUAUAUAUAUAUAUAUAUAUAUUUGUGCAUUUGUUAAAUUCCAGACGUUUUGUGCAAAACAUAUUCACGCAUCCUUAAGUAUUUGUAAACGACGCUUUAAAUGUGUAUAAUUCUUUUUUUUUUUUUUUUUUCCCCAUAUAAAAGGUGAGGUUCUCUCCUGUACACGACGUUGUAGGUUGGAAUGUGAUAUAGUCCUGCGUUGUAUCUUUUUAUUGAAGGAAUUCAGCAACUGGCCGUAGAUUUCCAUUAUAUUAUUACCAUUAAAAUGUAUAAACACUUUUUUCAUUGUUUACUCAGUACAGAGGAGCAUUACAAUUCUGUGGUAAGUACACCUCCACUACAGAUUGAUGGAGCUUGGUGAACUUGAUGCUCUUUUAUUGCAUAGUGCUCUUUAUUCAGGCUCAGAAGCCAUAGUCUUACAGACUGUAGCCAUAACUCUUACAUACAUGCACUCUAUGCCAUCAUCAAAAAGGUCGUCCUGUUGACAUUUUUAUGAGAACGUGAGUGCAUCUCUCUCCAUCGUGCCUAAGUGUUGGUUGUAAGGAUGCCACGGAACCAUUAGGAUGUGGACACGCACACAUACAUAAUUAUUGAUCUUAGCUGCUGGGUUUGUUAUGUUUAGACCUAGCUGGAAAAGUUGCUGUAUUAAUAAAGAAAAGAAAAAGCUUAAAUAAAGAACAACGUAAACAUUACAAAAAAAAAAAAAUGAGCUGACAUUUAUUUAUUUUUAUUCACAAAUAACAUUCUUAAAAUAGUCAUUUAGGUCAUACGUGUGAGAAGGGAAAACAAAAGCACAUUCCUAGUUAGACCAAUACAAUCCAAAUGGUCAAUUACUGCUUUGAAUUAUUUAUUUCUUUUGUGUUGAUGAAUGGCAUUGAUGUGUCCAUAUUGUGAUGGAAGCACGUGUUUCCGUCUCGUUCCAAGAAAAGCAAGAACUCAGGAGUUGGGAGACAUUAAAGUGAUAACUCUCUAAUUAUUUUUAAACUGUCCAAUGCCAUGUGUAAAAGCACAGAGCUGUCAAAGCUUUGCAUUUAUAUCAAAAUUGUUUGUGUGUGUGUGUGUGUGUUAUGACUAUUGUCAUGGCAACUGCCUAUUUGAGCCACAUGCUCUACAUGCUGUAACGCAACCAUGCUGUUAAUUAGUAGCUGGCUGUAGGUGGUUCGCUCGUGCCUUACAUAAGACCCUGGGAAUUAAUUGCCAAGAUUGUGUGCUCGUGCGGUUCCAUCUACAUGGCUCCGAUUUGUGUGUCUGGAAAACUGAACUUAAAUGGUAGAAUUUCUUUAUGAGAACAAGUCACAAAAAGUUCUGCUUGACGUAUGAAAAAAAAAAUGUUAAUAAAGAAUGUGGUAAAUUA